AUGGAAUUUAUUGAUGGAUUCGAAACGAUUUUCGAUAUUCCACAAACGAAUUCGGCUUCAAGAUGUUUAAAAUCGAUCGAAAAUGCCGACAACAAAUAUUACUCGCUGAUUUAUAAUGAGGCGACGAAAUCGUUUGAAAAACGAGACGACGACCUUCUACUGCGGCCAAUUUGUAUCGACGCAAUGGAUAUUUCGGAUAGGUACAAUCAAAUGUUGGCUAAUAAUCGCGACACAUUCCCAAUGGAUCGAUCGAUUCUGAACGUUCGCGCUGUCACCAUCGCGUUGUGGUAUUUUAUAACAAGAGGGCAUACUGCUGUCGCAUUUUUCGGAUCCACACUACAUCAAUUGGCUACCAAGUGCACCGAUCCAUAUGAAUUGCAAUUGCUUGCCAAUCUCGAUUUGAUCAUUCUUGAAGACACUGGCGACGUCACUUCUUCCGACAUUUCGAAAACGAUCGUCGAUUGCGCGAUGAACAGCGAUGGUUGUGUUGUGGGGCGACGCAAAAAAUAUUUGCGAUUCAGUAGAAAACACCCGGAUUUGGCUGAUAUUGUCAUCAAUAGAUUUCUUCGACCCUCAUUUGUCACGCCGAAUUCGAUGAAAUUUCGAUGCGAAAUGAAUUUGUCGAUGAAUAUUAAUUCGAAUCAAAAGAAAGUUGCGAGAAAAACGCCAACCGGAAACCCGCUGUCGUUCCAAUUAUCGGCUUCCGAUCAGCUUUAUAUAAUGGGAAAAUUGGCGAGAAUUAUUGGCGAUGAAAGUUUAAUGGAUUUGUAUAUGAAAGCAAGAGAGAUGAAUAUGCGAGCAGCAAAGAAUAAUGAUAGAAAUCAAAAAUUUCACUCGUCGCUAUCGCAACAAUGCUAUCAAUACAGCGCGAAUGAUCCGUUUCUGCCCGAAUACGUUGUGCCGGCGGCGUCGAAACCGCGAAACUCGAGAAAAAUAACGCGAAUUGGCAACAAGAAUUCGAUUUAUCGCGUCGGUGGUCCGAAAAACGCUGAAAGCGAACAUGACAUUAUUGACACCCUACGGGCUCCAUAUGUUGAAGCUCUAACACCAAUAUUCGGCGCCGAAAAGGCGCUCAAAUUAGUUUCAGACAACCCACAAUGCAACGAUAUUAAUGAAUUCGUCGAACUCGGGUUUUCUUAA